AUGUUUCGAUUCGCUCAAAGGACGGCAUCGACCGACAAUGUCGAGCCUACAGCUCAAUCGAUACCUGACCGGCCGGAGGAGCUGUACGCCACUCUCGGCAGAGUGAUUCCGGGAACACCACCAAGUCGGGCGUGCCGGCCCGAGACCGCCGAGUUUGCGCGCUUCACCAGGCAGCAGGCACGGCCGCUCUGGAACAGGGCCGUAGUUCGUAUGGAGGCGAGCCUCCCGCUUGAGGGCUUUGCUACCCUGGCCGAGACGGACCCCAUCAGAUACAUGCGCCUCUUUCAUACCUUGGCAAUCCUCUUUUAUGAGAGGGAAUGUGCCGGAAAAAGCCUGGCAAGGUAUGGAGUGUCGGCCUCGAGGAUCAUGAUGGCCACAUCCUCCAGCCAGCGUCCUACAGAACGCGCUUCCGAGGUUCUGGGGUGGUCAGCUACGCAAUCGGCGCAUUCGCUCGCCAGGCGGCUCAAGCCGACUGAGCUCAGGGACAUACUUGAGCAUCUCCUUUCUGUUGAUUAUGGUGUCGAACGGCCGGGCAGUCUGGAUCGUCUUGGCGAAAAUAGCUCGAGGAGCUUCGCUUAUGUCGCGGCGCUCCUCUUUGAGUUCAUCGAGCUCUGCGACCACGCAAAGCCCUCGCUCAACGAUUUUAUGAGCAUUCAAAGCGCCUGUGAUACCAUCCACAUCUGGGCACAGGCGUCUCGACUCAACGCAACAGACUUGACAAUGAUUCUGUUGAAUUUUCACCUCUGCUCCAACUUGGUCACGCCGGAGUAUAAGCGCAUCGGGGAGCAAAUCGUGCCGGUAGACGUUUCCCUGGCCCCGGGCUCGCUGGUCUUGAUUCACGACCAUGGCAAAUCCUCCCGCCAUGGGCUGACCACAUAUUCGGGCUGCCUGGGUCGAUUGGUCGACGCAAUCAAGUACGAUUCGGGGCAUGGCUUUGUUCCCGGCGCGCGGGAACUACUUCUUCGCAAGCUUUCCGUCGACUUGAACGACAUGAUCCCGUCCAUGGUCUUCGACGGCCAGCGACACGAUGCCAUGCUGGGAAUAUCGACAGAGCUUGCCAGGAUGCACAGCAUAGCGCCCCUCGCUCUGGACCAGGUUUACCCACUGCCGGUACCAGAACCAGAUGCCGCACCCAGCAUACUGGACAACCUUGGCGAUGGGAUUGCUGGAGUCGCGCUGAGCUAUUUAAGUGGCAAUUCAAAGCAGAAGAAAACCAGUGACGAAAGCCAGAAGACUUCGUCAGUAGCCGGCAAGACAAGUGACCAGCAGGGUCGCCACGAGGUGAAGACUGUUCAAGCUGCGUAUCAGGCUUGCACCGCUGCCUUAGAAAGGGUUGCUGAGCGUGUUGCCUUGGCGCGCGGACGGUGGAUGUUGAAGGAACGGGGUAAGCAGAGGCAGAAGCAAGCAGAGGAGCCCACGAGCAAGUUGGGAAAAGAGAGUCUUCAGCUGCAAAAACGAGAACCAUGUGCCAGAGGGAACAGGGAAGCUGAGGAACUAAUGAGAUGGCAACUGAUUUACAAAAAGGAGGUUGAAUAUGAAGACUCUAUUGAGAUGGAUCCAGAAGAUCAUAUGGCCGAAGAUCCGGAUCAAGUGCAGGCAAGUGCCUCAGCCGUAGAAGCUAGAUGCGCAAAGAAGAAACAUAAAGAUGGUGAUGGAGGUAACGGCAACGACGAAGAAGAGGAGGAAGACAGGGAACAAAGCGAUAGCGAGGAUUGGGAGGCGGUAACUUAG